CGGCCUCAACAUCUGACUUUUGCUCUGGAGAGCUACCUAAGUGUAUCAGAUGAUCCAAAUCGUUCCGCAUAAAAUGAAAAUACUUUUCGGUUAACUACUUUUUUUUAUCUGGUAUUAGAGGGCCGUCUGCCUUCUGUCCUAACAACUCAAAUCUGAAUCCAACUAUUGAAUGUUAUUUUGGUGAAAAUACAGUCGAAAAACUAACAUAAACGGGCGGAUCUCGUAAACAUACAAGACCAAUUUCACAUACUCUAAAUUGUUAAUGUGUGUAAAUAUUUGUUUUAAUUGCUAGUGGCCUUGUCGUGGGAAAACCAGCAGCGUGGUCUUCAAAAAGCUUAGCACAAUGCCUCGAAGAGGAUCUAGUCCUUCAAGAGUUUCGUCUCGUCCACGUGCAAAUUUGCCGGCUCGUGCACCUCCAUCUGCUGUUGCACAGCCUCCAGCACAACCGCGACAGCCAGGUUUAAUGGGACAGAUGGCAGCUACAGCCGGGGGUGUAGCUAUUGGUUCAGUUGUUGGUCACGCUGUUACGGGAGCAUUGUCAGGUGGAUUGGGUGGCAAUCCUGCACAGCCUGCCCAGAUAUCCUCAACUUCGGAUCAAUCACAAUCUCCAUGUCAAUACCAUGUUGAUGAACUUAUUCGAUGCGCUCAGUCUCAAAGUGAUAUAAGUGCUUGCAGUGGCUUCUCUGAAGCUCUAAAAGAAUGCAGUCGCCAGUACGGAUUAUACCAUUAGCUUAAUUCACGAGUACUUAAAAACUCGAUUUGGUAGUUUUACUUUAGUCCCAUUCUGGUGGGAACCAUUUUCAGUUUGUGUUCAAAAUAGAAUGUCAUGUCGC